AUGAUCUUGGCCGUUCGCCAGCUGCAAGAGAAGUGCCAGGAGAUGCAAACUCACCUCUACACCAACUUCGUGGACAUGACGAAGGCCUUCGAUACGGUGGAUCGCAGGGGACCGUUUAAAGUCAUGCAGGAAUUUGGCUGUUCUGAGCGCUUAGCGCGUAUGGUACGUCAGCUCAAUGAUGGGAUGAUGGCGCACGUCACGGAAAACGAGGCAAUCUCCGAGACAUUCGCAGCGACCAAUAGAAUAAAGCAGGGCUGCGUACUUGCUCCCACUCUCUUCAGCCUCAUGCUCAUCGCCCUUCGAAGGAUGAUGGCCCAGGCUAGGUGCAGGGCUGCGUCUCAUCCUUCUGAACUUCAAAAAUUAUGUGCUUCUGUUAUGCUGUGA